GCUCUGCACCUAACGUUAGUUCCCUAGACAGUGGCAUUUACAUGCUCAAAGCAACCCAGUAAAUUAGCCUACUGACUGGAAAAUGAUCAGAAAGAAAUCCUAGAGUCCCCCGCCUCCUCACUACCAUCUCUCCCUGAGCCAAACAGAGAGGAAAAACCAUGAGAGACACAGGAGGAGAAGGAGACGAAGUUGACAAAGACUGUAAAUCUGAGAAGGACCAGAACUGGAUCCCCAGAAUCAUCAAGAAAAGAGUGUGCACCACCUUUGUGGAAGAUUCCUUCAGUAAUGGCGCGCUGUGCCAGUGUGGGGGUGCAAGAGAUGCCCACGCCUCUGUGGCUCUCGGUGACUACUUCAGCACAGCGAUUGUCAACCACUGGGACAGCGCCCAGCACUCCUCUGAAUACCCGACCGACGCCUUUGGAGAGUUGCAGUUUGCAGGAGCCAGCAAGAGGCAUAGCUAUUUCCUGCGUCUGUCAUGGGACACGCCUCCGUCUAUGAUCUACACACUGAUGACAGCCCACUGGGGUCUUCCCGCACCCAACCUGGUGGUUUCUGUAGUGGGUGGAGAAGGCAGGACAAAGGUAAAGACUUGGGUACGGGAGGUCCUCCGUCAGGGACUGGUGAAAGCCUCACAAAGCACAGGAGCGUGGAUCUUGACGGCAGGCAUGCGCGAAGGCGUUGGCAGAUGUGUCGGAGAGGCAGUGAGGGAUCAUGCCGCUGCAGCCUCUUCGGUCUCCCUCAGCAAGGUGGUGGCGCUGGGCAUCGCUCCCUGGGGCCUGGUGCACAACCGACAGCAGCUGGUCAACCCUCAGGGCAGCUUUCCUGCGAAGUACUAUGUCCAGAACACAUCCCGGGACUCCUGCUGCCUGGACAACAACUACCAGGCCUUCCUGCUGGUGGACGAUGGGAGUGUGGAGCGCAGAGGAGGAGAGAGGGGGUUCAGGACCAAACUGGAAGACUACAUCUCCCACCAGCGCACAGGCAUCCGCGGCAGUGGCAGCAUUGACAUCCCUGUCCUGUGUAUGCUGGUAUCAGGCGAGGCGAGCAUGCUGGAGAGAGUGGAUCUCUCUCUGAAAAACUCCAUGCCCUGGCUGGUACUGGCCGGCUCAGGAGGCCUGGCGGACUUUUUGGGCGACGUCUUGGACAAUCUGUCCUCGGCACCAGUUGUCCAGUCUUCCAAUGAGGGAAAUGGCGAGGCCAGUUCCAAUGUGGAUCUGAAAGACAGAGUGGCAGAACGGGUUAAGAAGCACUUCCCUUCUGAAGCAGAGUCAGAAAAACUAGUUGAACGGGCUCUGAGCAUCUACCAGAACAGAGACUUUAUCACAAUCUAUCACGGAGAGCAUGAGGCCCCCAAUGACUUUGACACAGUCCUGCUCAAAGCGUUGGUGGGAGCUAGCAAGCAGCGUGCGUCAGUCGAUGCAAGCCCUUACAAUGAAGAGCUGAAGCUGGCAGUCACAUGGAACAGGGUUGACAUUGCCAAGAGUGAACUCUUCAAUGGAAAUAUCCACUGGAAGUAUGAAGACCUGGAAGAUCCCAUGACAGAUGCCCUGAUCAACAACAAGCCCCAGUUUGUGCGUCUUUUUACCGAGAAUGGCCUCAACAUCCUGGACUACCUGACUUACGGCAGGCUGGAAAGCCUUUACCGCUCUGUGGCUGAUGGGACGGUGCUUUACCAGCUACUCCAGCGCCAUCUAGUGGAGCGUCUAGGAACUGCAACUGCUGUACCCACAUCAAAUCUACAGGACAAGGUGGCAUCAGAGGUGCUGAGUGGCCCGGGGAUGGAGAUCAGCCUUUUUGAGGUUGCAGGAGUCCUGGAACUGUUAAUUGGUGACGUCUGCCAGCCAUUUUACUAUGAUGCUUUGGGCUUAGAACAGCUCUCAUCAAAGAGGAGAGCUCUUAGGCGUGCCAGUAAGCUGCUGCGUGGAGGCUGCGGGUAUCGAGAGAAGCGCUGCCUCUACCCCUGGGCUUCACUCUUCAUCUGGGCUGUCCUUCAGAAUCGUAGCAACAUGGCCACUUUCUUCUGGGAGAUGGCAGGGGAGUCGGUGCUAAGUGCUCUGAGUGGCUGCAAGAUGCUGAGGGAGCUGUCCAAGCUGGAGGGCGAGACUGAGACCAAACUGUCCAUGAAAGAGCUGGCUCAGAAGUUUGAGAACCUGGCACAUGACGUGUUCAGCUCUUGCUAUCGGAGCAAUGAGAGUCGCUCUUUCACCCUGCUGAUUAGGAAAUCUCCAGUUUGGGGUGGCACCACCUGCCUCCAGAUGGGCAUGGGUGCUGACGCACGACUUUUCUUCAGCCAUGAUGGAGUACAGUCUCUGUUGUCCCAGAUCUGGUGGGGUGACAUGAAGAGGAACACGGAGGUGUGGAAGCUCCUGCUCACCUUCUUCUGCCCAGUCCUCUGCUACACCAACCUCAUCUCCUUCAGGAAACAAGACGAAUAUCAGCAAGAGCAGGAGGAGAAAUCUAACGAGGACUGGCUGGGCAGGGACAGCGACAGCCUUUAUGGCACCACCAUCUUCUCUUUCUCGGACAUUAAGCACAUUGAAGCUGAUGAGCAAGGAUCGCACAGUCCCAGGACGGCAACCAUUAAAGGCAUACCCCACUCUCGCAGACCGCCAAAGCGUCCAUUCAUAGUGUCAAGAUUGCGUCAGUUCUGGUUUGCCCCUGUCACCUCGUUUUUGGGCAACGUCCUCAUGUUCUUCCUCUUCCUCCUGCUGUUUGCCUACGUGCUGUUGGUGGACUUUAAGCCCCCGCCGCCCUCUGGUCCGGCCAUCACGGAGUAUGUGCUGUACUUCUGGGUAUUCACCAUUGUGUGUGAGGAGAUCCGGCAGACGUUUUUGGGGAUGAUGGCUUGGCGUCAGAGGAUCAGAGUGUACAUUCAGGAUCUGUGGAACAAGUGUGACCUCACUGCACUCACGCUGUUUAUCAUAGGACUAAUCUGCAGGAUGUUCGAGUGGUCAUAUGAAUUUGGGCGGGAGGUCCUGUGUGUGGACUUCAUGGUCUUCACCCUCCGUCUCAUUCACAUCUUUGCCAUUCACAAACAGCUGGGACCAAAAAUCAUCAUUGUUGGCAAGAUGAUUAAGGAUAUCUUCUUCUUCCUCUUCUUCCUGGGGGUGUGGCUCAUGGCAUACGGAGUAGCCAAUCAGGCUUUGCUUUACUCCUACGACCCUAGCCUAGAUCGCAUCUUUCGCCGGGUUUUCUACAGACCGUACUUACACAUCUUUGGACAGAUUCCUGUGGAGGAGAUGGAUGUGGGGAAGACGUGGGACAUGGCUUGCACAGACAACAUGACAUUGAUUCAGAACGGCGAGGAGCCGUGCAGAGUUGUGUAUAGUAACUGGCUGGUGGUAAUUCUGCUGGUUGUUUAUCUACUGGUCACAAACAUCCUGCUCAUCAACCUGCUUAUCGCCAUGUUUAGCAAUACUUUCUCUGAAGUGCAGGCUAACAGCGACAUCUACUGGAAGUUCCAGCGCUACAACCUGAUCGUAGAGUACCACUCCCGUCCUUCCCUGGCGCCUCCUUUCAUUAUCUUCUCUCACAUCAAUCUCUUUAUCAAGAGGAACAUCCGCAAGGUGCCCUCUAUCAAGAUUCACCACUUUGCGUUGCAGUUAACAGGGAAAGCGGCUAACAGGCUAAUGACGUGGGAGACCAUUCAGAAGGAGGACUUCUUGACUGCCCAGAACAAAAUCCAGAAAAGCAGUGACUCCGAAAGGCUCAAACGGAUGUCUGUCAAAGUGGAUGGUGUGGUUAAACAUCUGACUGAAAGCAGGGACUUUGAUCACAGGCUGAGGACUCUGGAGAAUGAGAUGGAGUAUUGCUCAAAUGCUCUCAGCUGGAUCGUGGAUACUUUGGCCCAAAGCAGCACAUUCAAACCUCCUCGGCCUCCACCUACAUUAAGAGACGUCGUCCCCUCUUCUUCCAGUUCUGCCUGAUUCAGCCUCGUGAUGCCUUCACUUGCUAAGGGUCUGUAAAAGACAAGAAUAAAGCGCUUUUACACUGGCUGUCACCAACUGACCAGUCUUACUCUUUGCCAGCCAUGUUUAUCACUGGACUCUUGUUUACCAAAUAGUUCCAGUUGUUCUGAACUUAAAAAAGUUAAACAAUAGGAAUCACUACUUGGUACAGUAUCGAUUACGUACAAAGCUGAAGUGUGCAAUCAAUUUUAUUAAAAUGCCAAAAUCAAGUGUAUGUAUUUUUGAUGUGGCAUGAUAUAUAUUUUAUUCGCCAGUGCUAAUAUGUCUUAUUGUUGUACGUUUACUGCUGGAAUUCUGUUAAAAGGUCUUUAUAUUUGUUUUUACUGUUAUAUUGAAACUAUAAUGUGUUUUACAGGGAUCACAUAAAGUGCACAUUGUAAUAAUUUUGUGUUCAGUUACUUUAUGGAGUUAUGGUUGCUUUUAACAAUCUUAAAUGUUAUGUCAUGUAUUUGUGUUGCUACAUUAUUUUAUUCUGUUCAAUAAAUAGUUUUUACAGUA